AUGGAAUCCCUCAGUUUGCUCGCUGGUUUAAGAGGCCAACAGUCGACGCGGUGUCGCUUUCCCGAGCCUCACAACGUCGAUGCGGACAACUUUACCACAAACGGAGCACCGGAGUCUAAGAAUACUCGACGAAGCAGCCAGUCACGGGAGUUUUGGGGGCUAGCUCAUCUGUCUGCUCUUCCAUGGUUUGGGUGGCUGUUCGUCUACACCUACGUGCUGCUCUGCUUCUCGACGACGCGAUGUUUGGCGCUUGGGGCUCUGGUCGAGAUGUACGGCAGUCCACAAGACUACACGAUGGGAUUCAAGACCUCAGCACUGGGACUCGGACUCAUGGAGGAUUUUGUCUGCACGACCUACUUUGCCACCACGCUGUGGGCAUUUGACGAGUUGAAGCGCCGAGUCACUGGACAGUUGAGCACUAAAGACAGCGGCGUAUCGACUGGCGUUGCUGGAAAUGCUGCGACGUUUGUGGUUUCGUGGCUACUGUUUGUCGUCAUGAUGGCUCCGUUCGUCUCGGACUUGAUGCUAGUGGCGUACCGCAACAUGCGCUUCACGGAUGAACUCGUGGCUGCAUUGCUCAGAGAAAGACACCACCUAAACGCUGCCCCUAUAUCUACCGAAGAAAUCCAGAGAGGCUACGAGGCUGCGACUGUGUUGGUGAUUGUCGCUGCUGCCUUCGGCUUUGUGCGUACGACUGCUAGCUGCACUGAUCUAUCAAGCUGGAAUCCAACGCACUUGGUAGCGGAAUAUCUCGGUCCUCGAACUCAUAGUGCUGUCGGUGGCCCCAAAUACGUGGAGCUUACUCUUGAAGAUGGCGCAGUCGAUGAGGAGUCUGAAAACAAGUUAAAUGCUUCAGGUACUGACAGGCGGAAGCUUGUUUACUCUCAGGCCGUUGUCGUCUUCGUGGGCCUCGUCGCCUUCCCCGCAGUAGUAGUCGCGAUAUCCAACGCUUGCUCACCUCUCGUCGCGUAUUCUGGUCUGAACGCGACGCUCGAUGAAAUAUUCGGCCACGCCUUGCAGCCCACACCGACAGAAGCGCUGUUGACAGGUGUGAAAGGCGACCAACCCUGGGUCGAGAUGUACAUUCACCCCACGGAGCAGCAUGAACUCUUCGGCAACGACACACUGUACCGUCGUACUACUGGAUUCCAAGGAAGUCUCGCCUUUGAGGUCGAUGUAUCAACCGACAAUCCGCCCAACGUGCUGGUAAUUGGCGUUGAGUCCUUCCGGUUCCAAGAUUCCCGUUAUCUCGUUGGAGAGGAAGAUCCUUCCAACCUGUUUAAAGGCACGAACUUAACUAUCACGCCCAACUUUGACAGGUGGGCGAAGCGUGGUGUUGCUCUCCGCAACAUUUGGUCCAGCAACCCUACAAGUCGCUCGCUGGAGAGUUUAUUGUUCGCCCAAGUUCCAUACGAUAGCGCAACGAAAACUGGCAUCACUGGGGGCAGGAAGGACACGAAGCUUGCUGGAUUACCUCAGCUGUUCGACGCCAAGGGAUACGAAACCUUCUUCACGACGGGAUCUUCGAUUACUCUUGACAAAUGGAACGUGUUCCUACCUUCCCACGGCUACCAGGAGGUGUGGGAAGCCAAAGCGAUGCUAACGUUGGGAGAGAAACACCUCAAGAUCAGACGCCACCAAUGGUUUGGCCCUGAGCACUUGGCGUUUAACUGGGGAGUGCACGACGACUUGAGUUUUAGACUUCUCGGGGAUUUGCUGCGUCAAAAGACAAAGAAGCAGAAACAGCGUGUUGCCAAGGGGAAGCCGAAGAAGCCGCUAUUUCUCACGCACUAUACCAUCUCGAGCCAUGGACCAUUCAAAGCACGACCAACGUGGUACGCGAAGGCAGCUAAACCUGACUUCUCUGCGCUGUGUGAAGGACACGAGCGCGCUGCCGAAAUCAAAAAUUACCUGGAGAUGCGCUACUUCACGGACAUGGAGCUGGGCAAGUUCAUGGAUCGUAUGGAGAAGGGGGGUAUUCUGAACGACACAAUUGUCGUCAUCAUGGGAGACCACGGCCAAGCACCAGAGGCUGAAAUAAUGAAUACGCAUGAGGAAUCCGUGACGCGAGUGGCAGGCGCCAUCAUUGCUGAGGGCCGACUCGGUAAAUACGCCGGUGCAAUCAUCGAUGACGCUGCUGAGCAGUACGAUAUCCUCAACACUCUGGCGGACAUUACAGGUCUACCGGAGAGAGGGGUUUGUGCAAAAUGGUGUCGGCCGUUCGCUUAA